AUGACGAGUACGAGUGCGAGUGGGAGUUCGGUUGCCUUCAUCUUCUUGAUCCUGUGCUUGGUACGGACGAAUCAAGCCAUUUGGUUGACCUUACCCUCCUCCGGCACAAAGUGCGUUUCUGAGGAAAUCCAGAACAACGUCGUCGUUUUGGCCGAUUACGUCGUCAUUCCCGACGAUCACUCCCACUCCCCCACCAUCUCCGCCAAGGUGACAUCACCAUAUGGGAACAAUCUUCAUCAAAAGGAGAAUUCAACACAUGGUCAGUUUGCAUUCACAACUCAUGAGGCUGGAAACUACCUGGCAUGUUUUUGGGUUGAUAAUAAUCCUGGAGGUGGUGGAGUAAGUGUCAACAUUGACUGGAAAACUGGAAUUGCAGCUAAGGAUUGGGAAUCAGUAGCAAGAAAAGAGAAGAUUGAGGGUCUUGAGCUUGAGCUGCGGAAACUUGAAGGAGCAGUGGAGGCAAUCCAUGAGAAUCUACUCUACCUCAAGGGCAGAGAAUCAGAGAUGAGGGACGUGAGCGAAAGAACUAACGCGAGGGUGGCAUGGUUCAGUAUGAUGUCCUUGGCUGUCUGCAUUAUAGUUUCAACUCUUCAGUUAUGGCAUUUGAAGAGUUUUUUCCAAAAGAAGAAGCUUAUCUAA